UCUAAGUAUAAAUAAGGUGUGUAGAGGCUAGAUGAGAAUGAGUAUAAUGAAACAUAUACUCGGAGCACCAUCCUUCCCUCUUAUACUCGCAGUUUGCUUCCUGGUGGUAAUCAAUGAAUCACAGGCAGACAUGAUUAAGGAUUUAUUUCCACUCUCUUUAUCUACUUUACCUUCAGAUGAUAAGGAACUGAUCAUGAACGUUAUAAAGGGAGACAAGAAGAAUGCUGUGACAAUGAUCAGAUUGAUGCAGAACCUUGAGAACCUGAUGCAGAGCUCCAGCUUGAAGUAUAUGAGAGAGAUUAUGCAUGACAAGCCAAGGCCCGUCAACCGAGGACUGACUGGUCUCUAUAAACAUCUGAGGAUUUAAGAAACAAAACCUAAUCGAAUAUAUUUAAGAUAGCAGAUGCAGAUUAAAUAAUGUUUGACUUUUUACUGAUUUAAAUAAAUAUCCAAUGUUUGUUUUUC